CGCUAAAUUGGUGCUCUGGGAGGAGUCAGAGAGAAUCCCUGGAUGCACCAAACACCACUAAUAUAUCAUUUCUAAUAGCAUUGAUUAACAGCAGCAGAACGGAACAGAGUGAAAGAAGUAAACUGGGCGUUGAAGUUGUAGCAGAGAGUGUCCUUCCCUCCAGGCUGAACUGUAGAAAGGGUCUGUUCUGGCUUCCAGCAGCGCGCGAGACGGACGCGAGAUCACGGCAGCAGUUUGGGGGUCUCUGGAAUUUAUUAGCUGACGCUUGAAGCUCGUUGUGUUUUUCUGGAUUCGGAGCAGAUCUACAGGUCCACCAGUUUCUCAAUCGGCAUUCAUUCACCUAGACUUACGACCAUCACACUUGACCAUCUCUGGAACUCAGGACACUAUUGGGCUUUUGAGCUAAUAAGAACAGACGGAAAGAUAGACCAGAGGCAUAACAUCUUUUGACCUGAAUCCUGAACUACAUCAAAGAACUCAUGGGGCUCGGGGAGGCUUCAGCGAGGGGGACAAGCAUGGAAGGAGAUUGCCUCAGCUGCAUCAAGUACCUAAUGUUUGUCUUCAACUUCCUUAUCUUUCUGGGUGGCUCCUUCCUCCUUGGUGUUGGGGUAUGGGUGGUGGUGGACCCCACAGGUUUUAGGGAGAUUGUGGCCUCCAACCCCCUUCUCUUCACGGGCGUCUACAUCAUCCUGGCCAUGGGGGGCAUGCUUUUCCUGCUGGGCUUCCUGGGCUGCUGCGGAGCCAUACGAGAAAACAAGUGUUUGCUGCUUUUUUUCUUCAUGCUGAUCCUCAUUAUAUUCCUGGCAGAGCUGGCGGCAGCCAUUCUUGCCUUCAUCUUCCGGGAACAUCUGACCAGAGAAUACUUCACUAAGGAACUGAAGAUGCACUAUCAAGGCUACAACAACACUGAUGUCUUCACAUCAACGUGGAACGCCAUUAUGAAUACAUUUGACUGCUGUGGAGUGAACAGUCCUGAAGACUUUGAGGAAAGCAUCUUCAGGAUUAUAAACCCUGGUGAAGUGGUGCCCGAGGCCUGCUGCCGUAGGAAUAAUCAUCUCGGAGAAGUAGGCUUCAGUAACAGGGAGGAAUGCCUGUCAGGCAGCAUGCUGUACCGGAACAACAAGGGUUGCUAUUCAGCGGUUGUGGACUACUUUGAGAUGUACAUCUAUGUUGCUGGUGCCCUUGCUAUUGUUGUACUCACGAUCGAGCUUUUCGCAAUGGUGUUCGCCAUGUGUUUGUUCAGGGGAAUCCAAUAGAUCAAGUUCACCGAAAGACUUUUUCAAAAAGGAAACACCACAAAAGAAAACUGAACCACUUGUCAAAGAAUGUUGUACUCCAUUUUUUAUUUCUAAAAUGAUUAAAGAACAAAAAAAGAAUCAUUGACCUUUACUUCACAGCUGGACCUUUGAGGUACAAGGUAACAAAAGAAUAAACAUAGACAAAAAUAGAACAUUCUUUGAAUACUGCGAAGAUUUAUUGGGCUUCUUGUCAGAAAGCCCAAUGUUUAAUUUUGACCAGGUGUUAAAUAGACCAGAUAAAGCCUGAAAAACUGAUGAAGAAGGUGCUGCACUGAUUUUUGGAUGAAGAAUAUUUAUACUGAGUAAUGCUGGCUUGUUUGUAUAGGCAUUUGUGCUUUUAGUAAAAAAAAAAUUUGAUCAAACCACUGUUCGUUCACCAACAUCAACACAUCACCAGUCCUUGAAUGCAAACUUUCACAAGCCCAUUAUAUUAGUGUUAUAUAGUCAUGUGAAUUUCCAUUUUUAUCUAUUCCUGUGUGGAUGUUGGAGAUGUGUGUGUGUGUGUGUGUGUGUGUGUGUGUGUGUGUGUGUGUGUGUGUGUGUGUGUGUGUGUGUGUGUGUGUGUGUGUGUGUGUGUGUGCGUGUGCGCGUGCUGGGUGAAUGUACCUCUUUCUUGCUUGAAGACCAGCAUUUUUUUUUUUUUGUAUUGUGAUGUUUAUUGCUAUAGUAAUUCUGUGAUUUUAGCUGAAAUUGAUGUGUAUGCAUUUGUAUUGAAGAUAAGACUAACAUUAAAGGAAUCUCUGACUGAGCAUUUGCUCAGUGUCUCCAUAAAUCAGAUCUUUGACAGUCCAAGGUUUAGUUUAAUUGUUUCCACGUUGACAUUAUGAACUGCCAAAUAAAAGAAUCCAGGUCAGCUGACUUUUUUUUUUUAUCUGUCCUUCAAGCAUCUGCUUGCUGGUGCUCCCUGGACGGCUACUGCAGCUACACAGUGGAGCGGGUCAUGGGGUAUACUGACAUUGAAAAUGUAUUACUCCGAAAUUAACAUAGAAACACAUGAACUGGAAGACACAGAAUUUUGCGGAGGGUAAUGUGAUCAUAAUAAACAAAAGCAUGAAAGCAUCAUCACUUUGCUCAUUCUGCACUCAAUUCAAGUUGCAAACCAUCAAUAAAGGAUUGUGGCAGCAUGUAAAAAAUACCUUCAGGGUACACCACCACAAUCUUCCACUAGUAAUGUGGAAAACAAAACACUUGUAGUUAGUGAUGGAGAGGGGGCUGUGGAUGGUAAAAAUAGAGAGGAAGAAAAAAGAAUACCAUUAAAAAGAAGAAUGUUCCAUGUUCCAGUCUGCUCUGAACAUGAUUGAAGCAACAGCGUCCUCCCCGACUCCCGACCAAUCUGCAUCUGGCUAACAUGCCAACAGUCCGCUUUGCAUCUGAUUGGUGCAUUGACAUUCCCUUCACUCCAGCUCCUUCUACACCAGAUUGGAGAGUCGACAUCUUCCUUUUGGAGCAGUGUAUAAUGGGAGUCAUUUGGAAGAUGCCUCAAAAGUUAAUUUUUCCCUUUCUUUGUUUUUUUUUUAAAACUAACAUUAACAAUAGCAAAUUGUUCAGUGUCAUCGUCAUCCCUGUAAUAUCUUACUCUAUCCUCUACAGUCCCUCUUAGUGUAAUCAUACUAUAUAUCCACAGAUUAAGGCACUUGGCUUGUAAACCUGCCUGGAAUUUGUGAAACCGAAAUCAAAUGUUUACAUCAUGGUCUCAUAGCGGCCAUCACCCUGUGAUCCUGACACCCACGUGUUCCUUUCAUGCCCCUAGAGAAAACUCCAGAGUUUUUGUCUUUGGCCAUUUCAGCCUCAGACUGUCUCGGUCCCAGAGCACUUUUCAUGGCCACCACAGAGGUGGAGACACAGAUGUAGCCAGCCAACACCCAAAGGCAACCCCGUCCUCUCGCUCUUUCACUUUCCAGCUGUCUGGAUCCCAGAUGGUCCAAUCAUGGACUCCCCAGAUGUUAAUGAUACUGCCCCCAAAGAGGCUUUAAAAUCUGGGGUUAUGUCAGAGUUCUUAAUCAUGGCUGGCUUGGUCGCCUUGUUGCUGUCUUGGCUGCCUCAGGACUAGACUUGCCACCUAACCCAGUUCAAGAGAUCUCUCUCCGUCUGGCUGACUUGCCAUCUCGACUACACCAGCCACAGAGCUCAGCCUUCCUGUGGCCAACUGCAUCCCCAGUCAAAAUGCUCAGCUUUCUCUCUGGCCAUCCAGAUCCCAAAGGAUCCAUCUGGCCUCCCCAGAUGUUAAUGCCACUGUCCCCAAAGAGAUUGCAAUGGUAUUAAUGUCUGGGGCAACAUCAGAGUUCUCUGUCACAAUCCCCAAGUUGCUGUGUUGGCUGCCCAAGAGCUCAUUUUAUGGCUGCUGCCUGAGCAUCCAUCUCAACUGCACCAGGCACAGAGCCAAAAUUGCAGUGACAUUAACAUUUAGGGCAACUUCUUUAAGGAGUUCUUUGUCACUGUUGGUUUAUUCCACGAAUUGCUGUCUCAGCAGCACCAGCCCUAGAGCUGUCUAUCUCAGCCUCCCAGUCACAGAGUCCUGGUCCCAGAGAAACUAGCCCAUGAUCAACAUCACCUCAGUCCAAAAUCUCUCUCCUUCUCAGGACAUUGCGAUCACAAAGGAUCCAAAUGGCCUCCACAUAUGUUAGUGCCAUUGCCUUUAAAUAAAUGGCAGUGGCAUUUACAUCUUGGGUAACACCUUGGUUUAGUGGUUACUGAGUUCCCUCUCUUGGCCACAUGGUCACAGAGCUCCAGUCACUAACUGCCCAGUGUCCAGAACCACCCCAGUGGAAAACGAUCACCCCCUUGUGUCACUGUUUGGUUGAACCACCUUUUGCUUCAAACUACUAGCCUCUACUAACUUUGCACAUACAGAUUUUGCAAUAUUUGCCAACUCUUUGCAGAACUGCUCAAGUUCAGUUCAAUUUGAUGGUGACUGUUUGUGGACUGCAGUCUUCAAGUCAUUCCACAGAUUUUCAGUGGGCUCUGACUAGGCCAUGCAAGGACAUUCACCUUUUUCUCCUUCAUCCACUGUGUGCUCUCUUUUGCUGUGUGCUUUGGGUCAUUGUCAUGUUAGAAGGUAAACUUUAUCCCAUUGACAACUUUCUGGCAGAGGGCAGCACGCACAGUGAACACUCUUUUCAUAAAUUCUUGCAUCUGCUUCAGAGUUGCUGUAGGUCUCUUGGUAUCCUCUCUGAGCAGUUUCCUCCUGCUCUUUUAUCCAGUGUCUAGCGACCUCCUGAUCCAGGGAGGGUCUGUGUACCAAAUACCAAAUAGUUUAGGAGGGGGUGAACCUUUUUACAACUCAGAGUUUCUGUUUUUUGUUAGAUUUUUUAUUUAAAGUUAGUUUACUAAAUGGAAAUAAAUCUUUGGGUUGAGAUGAAGCAUUGUUAAUGUGUAUAGAUUAGUAGCUAGAGCGAGUAGUACUUAAAGCAGAUUUAUAUAACUGAAUGUGGUUAUUGUAAGCAUUUAGAUGUACACUUGGUUAACAUUAUAAUACAUUUCUGAUCAAAUGCAUGUCUGUGUAGAUACAGCCCAGGUUUGCUGCUUUUGUAAACUACUUGUUUUUUAGAUUAAAUCGGCAGAGAAAAGAUGUCUGCCGCCCUCAUGUGGCUGUGACAUGAAUUUGCGAUGAAUUUGAGAUGAGAUAAUUUCCCAGCACGCGCAAGAUCAUGACGUAAAUUAAAUUGAUAGUAAACAAAAUCUCCAUGAGCAAAUAAAUUCACAAGAGAACUCAAAUCUGUAAUAUACAUAAAAAAAUUGAAGUUAAUAGAUCAUGAAAAUUCUGUGGGUUUCUAUUUGUGUGUGUGUGUCUAUAUAUAUGUGUGUGUGUGUGUGUGUGUGUGUAAUUUUACACCCCUACGUUGUUACAAACACGUCUUUCUCUCUGUGUUCAAAGCAGAAUUAAAUCAUGUGAUCUGGUGGAAUACGCAGCUAAUAAAGGUGCCAGUAUUUUACAGCUACAGAACCAACCUGCCAUAUUUUACUGAGGGUUUUUUGGUGCAUUUUUCUCCCACCCUCUGCAUUGUAUCACCCAACACUUUUUCUUGAGUAAUAAACUCCUUUAUCUUUGUCUCCUGA